GCUGUUGAUAAUAAAUACAAUAUGUCUUCCAACGGUAUUACUGAAGUCGAUUCUGGUUUGAUUGAAUCUAACUACGACAAUGUUGUUUACUCUUUUGAUGAUUUAAACUUGAAACCAAAUAUCGUUAGAGGUAUCUUUGGUUACGGUUACGAAACUCCAUCUGCUAUUCAACAAAGAGCCAUUUUACCAAUCACUGAAGGUCGUGAUGUUUUAGCUCAAGCCCAAUCCGGUACUGGUAAAACUGCUACUUUCACCAUUUCUGCUUUACAAAGAAUUGAUGAAAAUGAAAAAUCUACUCAAGCUUUGAUUUUAGCUCCAACUAGAGAAUUGGCUUUACAAAUUCAAAAUGUCAUUACUCAUAUUGGUUUAUACUUGAAUGUUUCUGUUCAUGCUUGUAUUGGUGGUACUUCCACUUUAGAUGAUGUUGAAGCUUUCAAAUCCGGUGUUCAAGUUGUUGUUGGUACUCCAGGUAGAGUUUUAGAUAUGGUUGAACGUGGUGUUUUAAGAACUUCUAAAAUUAAAAUGUUCAUUUUAGAUGAAGCCGAUGAAAUGUUAUCUUCUGGUUUCAAAGAACAAAUUUACAACAUUUUCAAAUUAUUACCAACCACUACCCAAGUUGUCUUAUUAUCUGCUACUAUGCCUCAAGAUGUCUUGGAAGUUACCACCAAAUUCAUGCAAAACCCAGUUCGUAUCUUAGUUAAAAAAGAUGAAUUAACUUUAGAAGGUAUUAAACAAUUUUACGUUAAUGUCGAAGAAGAAGAAUACAAAUUUGAUUGUUUGGUUGAUUUAUAUGAUUCUAUCUCUGUUACUCAAGCCGUUAUCUUCUGUAACACUAGAUCUAAGGUUGAAAUGUUAACCACCAAAUUGAAAGAACAAAGUUUCACUGUUUCUGCUAUCCAUGCUGAUUUACCUCAAUCUGAAAGAGAUACCAUCAUGAAUGAAUUCAGAUCUGGUUCCUCUCGUAUCUUAAUCUCUACCGAUUUAUUAGCUAGAGGUAUCGAUGUCCAACAAGUUUCCUUGGUUAUCAACUACGAUUUACCAGCUAACAAAGAAAACUAUAUUCACAGAAUUGGUAGAGGUGGUCGUUUCGGUAGAAAAGGUGUUGCCAUCAACUUUGUUACCGAUAAAGAUGUUGUCAUGAUGAGAGAAAUUGAAAAAUUCUACUCUACUCAAAUUGAAGAAAUGCCAGCUGACAUUGGUGCUUUAUUAAGUUAGGUUAACGAAUCAAAAAAAAAUUUCACUACUUUUCUUUUUUUUUUUUCCGUUCUUCUUACUAUAUCUUUGAUUAAUUUGGCAUGGG